UCUCUUUUUCGUCUUCUGCUUCUUGUCUCUGGUAAUCGGAGAAAAUUGAGAUAACUUGACUGAAAUCGUGAACGAGCGAACUCUGUAGAGAUUCCAUUACUUGGAGUUGUUGAUAUUGUCUCGCUUUGUAAACGAGGGCUGUUGUUGGCGAGUUAAAGCCAGAAGUACUUUUCAUUCCCAUCAGAGAGUAAGUGAGAAACCCUUAAUCCUCUGACUUUCUCAUCCAUGGAUUCUCAACCUGCUGAACCAGUCAGUUACAUCUGUGGAGAUUGUGGGAUGGAGAACACACUGAAGCCGGGAGAUGUGAUUCAGUGUAGGGAAUGUGGAUAUCGCAUCCUUUACAAGAAGCGUACCAAACGAAUUGUGCAGUACGAAGCUCGCUAAAUACGAAGGGCAACAAAUUACUCACGGAUAUGAAAGGCUAUCUAAUGGUGUUAGAUGUUAAACUGAAAUUGUAGUCUAAUGCAUUGUUUGGAGAACUGUGCUGUUUGAUAUUGUUCGUUAAGUAAUUCUCUGUAGACUGUAGUACUCUCCUGCUGCACUUCACUUAUAAUAUGACGCUUAUUCUAUUUUGAACCUAACAGCUAGGUUGAUCAGUACCAUUGUGCGA